GAAAGCCUCCAAACCGUAACCCUACCCCGUAUAAAAUCCCACACACGCGGGCGAUAGGGCUCUCCCCCCUCCCUCUUACCUCCGUCGCCGCCGAAAUCCUCCACAUCUUCUUCGCCGCCUCGCGCUCUCCGUUUCACUCGCGCACGGUGCUCCGCGGGGACUCGUCGGGCGGCGGCCAUGGAGGAGGUGACGGAGGCGGUCGGCAACCUCACCAUAGCCGCGGGAGAAGCCGCCGGGGCGGGCGGCGGCGCGGCGGAGGCGCACAAGAAGAACCGCAUCCAGGUCUCCAACACCAAGAAGCCGCUCUUCUUCUACGUCAACCUCGCCAAGAGGUACAUGCAGCUGCAUAACGAAGUGGAGCUCUCGGCACUCGGCAUGGCUAUUGCAACUGUGGUGACUGUUGCUGAAAUUCUGAAAAAUAAUGGCCUUGCUGUCGAGAAGAAGAUUAUGACAUCUACUGUUGACGUCAAAGAUGAUUCGAGGAGUCGCCCUAUGCAGAAAGCCAAGAUUGAAAUAGUGCUGGGCAAGACGGACAAAUUUGACGAACUGAUGGCAGCAGCCGCGGAAGAGAGGGAGGCCGCGGCAGCGGAGGCUGAGGCCGAGGAGCAAAGCUAAUAUUAGAAGCCAAAAAGCUUCCUGUUGUAGCUUUAAUUUUAGUAUUCUGCUGCUAGGUGUUGUAUUUGGAACUCCUUGAUACAUCAAGGGCUUGUGUAAUCAAUUAGUGGCACAGCUUAUUUGGUGUGCUUUUACUUGAUUGGUUAAGUUUUGAUGCCAACUUAUGACAGUGAAGGUGUAUGAGUACGGUGCUCAUCUUGAUUUGCCCCAAUUUACAUUUGGAAGAUGUCUAAUUGCUUUAAAA